AGGAGAAACCAACAGGCGGCUCUGGGCUCCCUCGCUCGCUCUCGCUCGCUGCCCCGGUUGUCAAGGUACUGGUAGUCUGUGACUUCUGCUCGUUGCGGCUGGACGGUGACAGCUCAGAUCGGCUCCCUCUCGGAUUUUUGCCCCUUUGGAUUUCUAUAUUUUUGGUGUCACUGACGGACUCUCAACCUCUAAUUUCCAACACACGUACAGAAGCCUGCCUGCUCUGACACUGUGACUCCAGACAGACUGGCUGGCUGAUAGGCACUGAAAAAGAAAGUGGGAAGAUAAACAGUUAGGAGGGCAGAGGGAGAAGUACAGCCUCUCAUAGAGUGGUGGCCAGAGUGACAGAAGAGCACAUGAGGAGCCCAAACGGCACGACAGCAACAUCCUGACCGGUAACCUUGCUUCUGCACCUCACCAAGCGCCCAGCAACUCCAGUAAGCGGGCGUCAGAAGGAAGGAAACGUGUGACCACUCCUCCUGCAGGCAUGAGGUCCUUCCGUUCCUUUAGUAACGAUGACCGCCACGUCAUGGCAAAGCACUCCACCAUCUACCCCUCCUCUCAAGAGCUAGAGGCAGUUCAGACGCUGGUGUCCACUGUCGAGUGUGCCCUCAAACACGUCUCUGAUUGGCUGGAUGAGAGCAGCAGUGACAUCCACAGCCAGGUUGAUAGCCAACCGGUAGAUGGCACAGAGGACGAUGACCCUGGCGAUGAACCCAGCGAUGAAACUGAGGAAUCCAGUGACAGCUACAGGGAGCCCGGCUGCGGUGGUGUGCUGUGUGGAGUGAUGAGGAUUGGCCUGGUUGCCAAAGGCCUCCUGAUCAAAGGCGACAUGGACCUGGAGCUGGUGCUGAUGUGCAGAGACAAACCCACGCAGACACUGCUGGACACUGUCUGUCACAAUUUACCCACACAGAUAGAGAAGCUGACAGAAGAGAAGUACGAGGUCACAAGCUCCUUGCCCGAGGCGGCCAUCUUGGUACGAACUACAACAGAGCCCAUACUCACACUGAAGAUUACCCUUACCUCACCGGCCAUGAGGGAGGAUGAGGAAGAGGAUGAAGAGGAGGAGGAGGAGGUGGAAGAGGAGGUGGAGAAUGGGGAGGAAGGAGAGGAGGAGGAAGAGGAGGAGGAAGUGCAGGAUGAAGAGGAGGAGCAGGAGAAGAAGAAUGGGCGAGUGUUGGGUGCUGCUGCGCAGAGAGUGGAGGCUGAGGAGGAGGAGGGGGAGGUGCUGGAUAGACACAGAUGUCUGUUGGCCCUGGCAGCGCUGCGACACGCCAAGUGGUUCCAGGCUCGAGUGAACGGGCUCAAGUCCUGCGUUAUUGUUCUCAGGAUACUUAGAGACAUGUGCAAUAGACACCCUGUCUGGGAACCUCUCAAAGGAUGGCCCUUAGAGCUAAUCUGCGAGAAGGCAAUUGCCACCUGCAACAGACCUCUUGGGGCAGGAGAAGCCCUACGUCGAGUCAUGGAGUGUCUGGCCUCAGGCAUACUGCUACCAGGUGGUCCAGGUUUACACGACCCAUGUGAGAAAGAGCCAACAAACACACUAGCCAACAUGAACGACCAGCAAGCUGAGGCCAUUACCUACAGCGCACAGCAUGCUCUCAGACUCAUGGCAUUCGGACAGAUCUACAAGGUGUUGGAGAUGGAGCCUCUCCCCUCAAAUAAACCAUCACAGAAAUACCCUUGGUCUGAUAAAGAAGGCUUAGGUCUGAAGAGGCCAUAUGAAGAUGGAGCGGUGGACGACAAGGACCUCAUCAAGAAGAUGAAGAGGAAUCUGAGGAAAGUCUUGGACAGCAAAGCCAUAGACUCCAACCAGCCAAUGAAUGCUCUGAUGCGGCUGAACCAGAUCCGGCCAGGGCUGCAGUAUCGGCUGUUGUCCCAGUCGGGCCCGGUUCACGCUCCGGUCUUCACCAUGUCUGUGGAUCUGGAUGGAACCAUUUAUGAAGCAUCUGGAUCCUCCAAGAAGACCGCCAAGCUCCACGUCGCUGUCAAGGUUCUCCAGGCGAUGGGCUACCCGACAGGUUUCGACUCAGACCUGGACCCCAUGAGUUCAGACGAGAAGUCCGAUGGUGAGGGGAAGAGCGAGACGUCCUCGCAUACUAGCAAUAACCCAACACACUCUUCAGACAGUUCCAACACACUGGAGGUGCGAACUCAGGGUCCCAUACUGACAGCAAGUGGGAAGAACCCCGUCAUGGAGCUAAAUGAGAAGAGACGAGGCCUAAAAUAUGAGCUCAUCUCUGAAAGCGGAGGCAGCCAUGACAAACGUUUUAUUAUGGAGGUGGAGGUUGAUGGGCAGAAAUUUCGUGGGGCAGGCCCCAACAAAAAGGUAGCGAAGGCCAGUGCUGCUCUGGCAGCUCUGGAAAAACUCUUCUCUGGUCCCAAUGCAGCUGCAAACAAGAAGAAGAAGAUAUUGCCUCAGACUAAAGGAGCCCUGGCGGCAGCGGCGGCAGCCUCGGCAGUAGCAGCUCAGGUAGCCAGAGGAAGAGGAAGAGCAGCCCUCGCAAGAGGAGCCUUCGUCAGCGCAGCUGCACCUGGAUAUGUCACGCCAGGCUUCGGGACACCGUAUGGCUACAGCCCUGCUGCAGCAGCUGCUCCUGCAUACGGUGGACUUUUCAUUGACAAUCCCUUCUACCAGCCGCGGACCAUCGCUCCUUUUAUCAUUCAUCUGGGUCCCCAGGAUCUCUUCUCUGACUUCUAGAGGCAGCAGGUUGUUGGAUACUCUCUUCACACUUGCCUGGCUGCUCACAUGCCUGCCUGUGUGUGUUUUCCUGUCCGUCUCGGAUGGGCUGCCUUUCUAUCCCAGCUGACGGACUCACAGAUCCAAAACAGUUUCCGUUUGAUCAGCCCGCUGGAAAAACUCUCUGCCCGACAACAGCGGUGGAAGAGUCUGACCUACUGACCGAGAGGCUCAAAGCUCCUCUCUCUAUUCUUCUCUACUCUCCAGCCAGAUUAUUACAUCAGAGGAGAGCAACUUUACAAUAAGCAAUACUCGGAUUAUACGAGAAACGUUCAGCUGCGACUGAGUGAGGCUGGGGCUGAUCUUUGGUCUUUCUUAAAGCAAUAUAUCUGAACUCCUCUCUUCAAGCGUACUUACUUGAGAAGAUGUGAAUGUCCGACGGAGUUUUACCCAACACAGCAUUGCAAUAGUUCAUUUUGAUUGUAUAUUCAUUGUAUGUGUGUGUACGUGUGGCUAUAACGUGACUAUAUACACAUAUGUAUGGUGUACGUUUCUAUAAUGAUGUGUUGACGAUAAUAUUACUAUAUGAUGAUGUAUUUAUGUAAAUACUCUAUGAAAUAUAACUAUUGUUGGUAUAAAUUAUUUUAGAAUUAUAAAGUGAAAUGUAACUAAUAUCACAGUAUAGCUUUCUUCCAAUUUUAUAUACACUGAGCAAUUGAAGCUAGUUCUAGGAGAUGCAAUAUUAUCUUUGGUAUUCCUAUUAACCUGUGCUGUUAGAAUAAUAAUGCUUCCUUCUUUCCUUCCUUCCUUCCUUCCUUUCCUUCCUUCAAACUCGUCCUCUCUCUUUGAUGUCUUUCUGAGCCUUUCUGAGCACGCUCUCUGCUGCCCGAGGUUUGUUUACGUGGCCUGGACAAAGAGGUGCUCACUACUGAACACAAACUAAUCACACGUGUGCACACUCACACCCACAGACACACACACACUUCACCUGUCAGAAAGCACAUUUUCUAUAGUCUCACUGCUGGCAGGGAAUACUGUUGUUACAAAUACUGUACGUGUAUAAUAUGUGUAUACUCUGAUGUACGCGCUCCUCCCUCUACCAUUAACAUGCCACAUCGGACUCACCCAUCAACACACAGAACAAUCGUCAGCUCUGUCCCGCUCGCCUUAGGGACCGAAAGCACAGCUCACUGAUUCCAUUUACUGCUCCUUCUUUCUGCAAACACACACAUUCACACACACCCUUCCCUCCACCCUCCUGUGACUAUUCUGUACUGUCUGGAAGUGAUGCUGCUGGUGGCAGAAACACCUCUGACAAAGGGCCUUGUUACACAAUGGGAAAGACACAGCACAAACCACUGGCUUGCUAAUUAAACUUCUAACUAAUUAUACUUCUGCACCUUGAAUUGGAUUUAUAUGCUCUGGCCUGUAUAUCACCGUUAUCAUUUGCCCAAAAGGAUCUCUUCUGUUUAUGUAGGAGGAUUUUAGGGUCCAUUUAUGGGGUUAGGCACAUUUCAGUGGUUGUUGAUGUCAAUGAAUGCACAUUUUGACGCUUGGAUCGUUGUUUUAUCACUUGAUUUGAGCAAAGGAGAGGAAGCCUGGGUGGCCCUAAGGUAGACAGAGGACGUUUUAGCAACCAUGGCUGCAUAAGUGAUACUCUGAGGCUGAGAUACCAUCUAUAGAAUGCACCCAAAACCUCUAAGUCCUGAAAGACCCUGAAAACUUGCAUUUGAAUUAUGGCACUCAAUAUUUAUAACUAAAUAAGCAACAGUCAGAGUUAAAGUUUGGCAAAAACAACCUUAGUUAUUAUUUAGUUAUAAAAGUUUAACACUUAGCUAAUCUGUUUCACCAGGACUUUGUGUUCUCGGUUGAUAAAUCCCAAUUGGUGCACUGAGUUUGGU